AUGGAUGAUGGAAACAUCCAGAAAAUGAAAUCCAGAAGGUCUGUUUGCUCCGCUGAAAUAGUGGCCCUGUGGGAUCAGGCUGAUAUGACUAAUUACCGUUUUGAACCAGAUCUUUCAAUGGAAGAAUGCUGCGACAAGGGUAUUGAAUGGGCAAAUAAAAACAGAAUGUGUACUGAUCUACCGUUAAUAUCUGAGGCCAGAGAAUGCAGCAUGACUCAGGUACAGUGCUGCCACAGCCAGUUGGAGAAGCAGUACUGUUCAGAUGGGAUUGAAUUUGCCAACGUGCGUGAGGAGUGUGACACUCAUAUUGGUGAAAAUUCCACCUGUGAAGCUGAAUACUUUAAGACCUGUUGUUACUGUUGUUUGCUGGGAAAGGCUGCCCAAGUUCAAGGUCAGAGUUGUGAACCCAACCCGAAGAUAGGAUACCAGUGUGGAAUAGUCUUCAGAGCUUGCUGUGUGAAGGGUCAAGAAGGCAUUGAUAUGUCCAUCAGCGACGAUGCUCCUAAAAAGGAGCAAGUUGAAAUUUCAAAGGAAGAAUUAGACCAAGAAGAUCCUUAUCUGCAUGAUGGCUGCAGAGGUGGUGGUCCCUGCUCUCAGCAGUGCAGAGACACAGGAUCCAGUUAUGUCUGCUCCUGCUUUGUCGGGUAUCAGCUUCAACCAGAUGGUGUCAACUGUGAAGAUAUUAAUGAGUGUAUCACUGGGACGCACAGCUGUGGGAUUGGACAAACUUGUGUCAAUACAUUAGGAUCCUUUCGCUGUCAGCGGGACACAAGCUGUGGAACUGGUUACGAACUGACAGAUGACAGUCGUUGCAAAGAUAUUGACGAAUGUGAGACUGGUACUCAUAACUGCCCCCCCGAUUUUAUCUGUCAGAAUACUCCUGGAUCUUUCCGUUGCCGACCCAAGCUACAGUGCAUGAAUGGGUUUAUACAAGAUGCGCUAGGCAACUGUAUUGAUAUCAACGAAUGCCUGAGCACCAACAUGCCAUGUCCAGCUGGGCAGAUGUGUAUUAACACCGAUGGCUCAUACACCUGCCAGCGCAUCUCACCCAACUGUGGCCGAGGUUACCACCUCAAUGAAGACGGAACACGAUGCGUAGAUGUGGAUGAGUGCUCAUCCUCUAAUCAGCCUUGUGGAGAAGGACAUGUCUGUAUAAAUGCCCCAGGCAAUUACCGUUGUGAGUGCAAAUCUGGCUAUUCUUUUGAUGUCAUCAGUAGAACUUGUAUUGAUAUCAAUGAAUGUAGACGCUAUCCAGGCCGCCUUUGUGCUCACAAGUGUGAGAAUACUCCUGGUUCCUAUUACUGCACUUGUACCAUGGGAUUCAAACUUUCAGCUGAUGGCAGGUCGUGUGAAGAUUUAAAUGAGUGUGAGAGCAGCCCCUGUAGCCAAGAGUGUGCCAACGUGUAUGGCUCCUAUCAGUGUUACUGCCGCCGUGGCUUUCAACUUAGUGACAUAGAUGGGAUUUCAUGUGAAGAUAUCGAUGAAUGUGCUUUACCUACUGGAGGCCAUAUCUGUUCCUUUCGAUGUAUUAAUAUUCCUGGAAGCUUUCAGUGUACUUGUCCCUCCACUGGCUACAGGUUGGCACCCAAUGCACGCAGCUGCCAAGAUAUUGAUGAGUGUGUUGCAGAAAGCCACAACUGCUCUUUCAAUGAGACCUGCUUUAACAUCCAGGGGGGCUUUCGCUGUCUGUCUUUGGAAUGUCCAGAAAAUUACCGCAAGUCAGGAGAUACUGUCAGACUUGAAAAGACAGAUACUAUCCGUUGCAUUAAGUCUUGCCGACCAAAUGAUGUCAACUGUGUGUUGGAUCCAGUCCACACAAUUUCCCACACUGUCAUUUCACUGCCCAUGUUCAGAGAAUUUACAAGACCUGAAGAGAUUAUUUUUCUUCGUGCCAUCACACCUACAUAUCCAGCCAACCAGGCAGAUAUCAUAUUUGACAUAACAGAAGGAAAUUUAAGAGAUUCCUUUGAUAUCAUCAAGCGUUACAUGGACGGUAUGACAGUGGGUGUAGUUCGCCAGGUGAAGCCCAUUGUUGGACCUUUCCAUGCCAUCCUGAAACUGGAGAUGAACUACGUCAUGGGUGGAGUGGUAUCUCAUCGUAACAUUGUCAAUGUUCACAUCUUUGUCUCCAAGUACUGGUUCUGA